UUAAAUUUUUGGGUGAACUAUCCCUUUAAUUACAAAGAUAUCAUCAGUAGCUCACAGUAACUGAAUCCUAUCAUUCAAAUUAAAUGUUCAUUUGCUCAUUUACCCUCUAUUUUUUCUUCUAGACAUGCAGACAAGCGAGAUGAACGUUUUACUAGCUGUGUUUUGUGUGGUGAACAUCCUCCAGCUCUGUCAUGGAGUAUCGAGCAGUGGAGAAUGCUACUUCAACGCCAAAGCCAGCUGUGAACACAACGGCCGUGUUUUCGACAUCGGCGAGGCCUGGAUAAAUGACGAAUGUUUCCAGUGUGUGUGUUUCGAGCCUUUUGGAGUGGGCUGCUGUGAACAUGGAAAGCAGCCAGUCGAUUACCCACCCUGGUGCGAGGCCGUUAGAAAACCAGAUUCCUGCACAGUUGCUGUGGUGAUGAAGGCCAACCAUAAACUUCCCUGUCUAUUUGGGGGGAAGAACCGCUUGCGAGCGGGAGAAGGACCGCUGUGGAAAUCAGAGAACGACCCUCUCUACUAGACUGCAAUACUGACAAGGAUAGUUCACCCCAAAAAUGAAUUAUGAAUUUCUUUCUUUUGCUGAACACAAAAGAAGA